AUGACUUCUUUUAUUAAAGGUCUUGAAGAUGAUUGUGAACAAAACAAAUGUUUAUCUGAAGAAGUAGAUAGUAAUUAUGAGAUUAAUUAUGAUGAUGACGAUGAUGAUGAUGAUGAUUUAGUUAAUAAUCAUUACCUUUCUCUUUCCAUGCCUCCUAAUGAAGUUGAACGUAGAAGAGCAUUCUAUGCUGGUGUCCCUUUACGAACUGAUGAUGAUAGUACGAUAUGUGUGAUCGAUCGUGAACCUAGGGAUAGUUUUUCAAAAAAGGAUCGUGAAAGUUUAAAAGAAUUUGCUAAAGUUGUCGUGAGAGAAUUAGAAUUAUGAUCUAAUAGUACUUUACGUUUACGUGUAAGAAAUAAGAUGCAAGAGACUGAAGAGAGUAUAGCUGAAUUUAGCAAAUUCUGUUUGGAAAUUCAAUUAGCUAAUAAUUCUAAUAACGAUGAAAAUAAGGUAAAUCUACUUUGGUGAUCCUAUUCUUUAACAUGGCAGUUAAAUUAUUUAGAUGUAGAUUCAGUUUAUUUAUAGAUAUGUGAUCUAUAACUUCUCGUACUUCAAGUGGAUACUCCGCUUCCUGAUGUAUCAUCAAAUCAUUUAAGAUCUCUCGCUUGUGCUGGUG